AUGGGUGGUAGCAGUUCAACCGUCACUCAAUCUAAUCAGAAUCCACCAUCUCAAGUACAGAUUAUUCAAGAAGAAGUUCCUGAAAAACAAGUUCGCUUAGAUUCGCAAGAAAAAUCGGUUCAAUUAGAUCCUCAAGAAAUAUCGGUUCAAUUAGAUCCUCGGGAAACAUCGGCUCACUUAGAUCCUCAAGGAAAACCAGUUACAAAUGACCCUCAAGGGAAAACUGUUGACGUCACUCCUCAAGAAAAUCCUGAUACAUUCGAUUUAACUAAAUUAACCCUGCCAAUUUCAAUUAGUCAUGCAAAAGCGGGCAAUACAAUAUGUGCUAAUGAUCACGUAUUGCUACUUCAAGAUGGCUCAACAACAAUAGAAUUUCGUAUACCUCCAAAAUUUCAAUCAAAAAGUAUUCGAUGGAACUAUGGAUUAAUUCGAGAUAUUAUUUGGUGUUCUAACUUGAAUAUAUUUUUACUUUUAACCAAAGACAGUUUGUUGAGCAUAUCUCCAGAAGGAGUCGUAGUUCCAGCGAAAGCAACAACGAAAUCUUUAGAUGAUUUUAAAAUCAAUAAAUAUCCGACAGUAAAACCAUAUGAUCAGAAUGUUGGAUUUUGGCGGUGCACAUGUAUUGGUACAUCGUUAUACAUCUGUUAUUCGGGAUAUGGUACAGUCAUCGAUGAGUAUUCAAUGGGAGCAACUUCAUGUAAAAUUGUGAAUCGUUUUAUACCACCAAACACAUGUGCUGUAUAUGAAGGUAUCUGGUGUAUUCGUUCUCAAGAAUCUACAAAUCUAUUAGGUUUGACCGUCAUGGACGCCAGAAAUAAUCAAUGGCGUGUAGAACUUCGUAGUGGUAAGGACUGCAGUAUUGUAUGGAAAAGUGUCUUACCUAUACAGUUCGGCGAUUGUGAAAUAACUAUUUUGCCGAAUGAAGAAUGGCUUAUUGUUAAUUCGUGUGGAAUACGUUUAAUUCAGAUAGCUAAUCAAAAAGUAAAAGCCGCUGUAGAAUAUGAACGUGAAUUAAAAAAUGCUGUUGGAAUUGGUAAAUCAUAUUUUGCUAUUCGAACAAAAAAUACCGUUGAAAUCCAUCGAAUGAAACAAUUAAAAUAA